AUGGACGACGCCAAGGCCCUCAAAGUCCGUCUGACCUUCUGCGCCAUCCUGGUGGGGGUGUCCCUGAUGCUGGCCGCGGUGGUCACCGACCACUGGGCCGUGCUCAGCCCCAAGGUGGAGCGGUACAACGCCACCUGCGAGGCCGCCCACUUCGGCCUCUGGCGCCUCUGCACCAAGCGGAUCUUCGUCGUGGACACGGACCACCGGGGCUGCGGACCCAUCGACCUGCCCGGGGAGCACAACUGUUCGUACUUUAGACAUUUCAACCCGGGAGAGAGCUCGGAAAUCUUCGAGGUGACCACCCAGAAAGAAUACAGCAUCUCAGCAGCCGCCAUUGCCAUCUUCAGCAUUUUCUUCAUGAUCAUGGGAACCGUCAUCACACUCCUGUCCUUCUGGAAGAAGAAGGAUUACCUCCUGAAGCCAGCUGCCAUGUUCUAUACCUUUGCAGGCCUCUGCAUCAUCAUUUCAGUGGAGGUGAUGCGCCAGUCUGUCAAGCGGAUGAUCGACAGUGAGGACACGGUCUGGAUGGAGUACUAUUACUCCUGGUCCUUCGCCUGCGCCUGCGCUGCCUUCGUCCUGCUCUUCGUCUUUGGCGUCGCCCUCCUCCUCAUCUCCCUGCCUCGCCUGCCCCGGAACCCCUGGGAAACCUGUAUGGAUGCAGACCCGGAGCACUGA